AUGUAUAGUGGAGGAGGAGGAGGAUAUUACUCUACACCAUUAUCAAAGCAGCAACAACAAGGAGGAGUCUCGAAACUGUCAACACCAAUGUCUAGACCAAACAUAGGAGUAGGUCCAUCAACACCAAACAGUAUUUCAUUAAAGAUUACUAGUACACAGAGUCAUGCAGAGACAUUUGAAUGGAGGAAUAGAUUGGUUGGUUUGUUUGAUCGAUUGGGUGACACUAAUAGUGCAAAGAUGGCUUUGGAGAAUCUAGUCACUCUGGUUCAAACUCUUACAGAUGAACAUUCAUUAUCUUUUUUUAUGUCAUGUUUACUUGAUAGUAAUGAUGCAUUGAAACCAUUGGCAAGAAAAGAGACUGCUAGGUUGAUUGGUUUUGUUGUGAGUAUACAACAUCAGAGUGUUGCACCCUACCUACACAAGAUUAUUGCAUGUUUGAUGGAGAGAAUACUCGAUACUCAUACAGGCACGUCAGACAUGUGCGCCGAUUCAUUGGGCAUUGUAGCAUAUCAUCUGACUGCACAUCAACAUUUAUCGGUUGGUGGAGGUGGUGCAGUGACAAGUAGUGUCCCGGGGACACCUGGAACACCCCAUCCAUCAAUGUCUUCUACCAGUCCAAUUGGACCACUAGAUAUAUACCUCGAACCAUGUUUUAAACUACUUCGAAACAUCAACAAACAUCAUCAAGUGUCAGCGGUGGCAGCGAUUGCCAAAGUCAUUGAAAACUCACAUCUCAACCAUUUACGUCCACACUUGUUUGAUUUGGUCGACAGACUAUUGAAACGACUCCACCAUCAAGGCUGCUUCUGUCAAUCACAAAUCAUAAAUUGUGUCAGUGCAAUGGUGAUGGUGGCUGGCAACCUACUCGUUGAAAAGGCUGGAUUGGUUGCUGGCAACAUGGUACAUAUGCUCAACAGCACCGAUUGGAUGGUGAGAAAGGCUGCCUGUGACGCGCUCACCUCUAUAGCAACACGAAUACACACAGAGACAGUCAUACAAUUCCACACCAAGGUGAUCAAGGCAUUGGAGGAAUGUCGUCAAGAUAAAAUCAAAACAGUUAGAGAUGUUGUCAAUACCACCCUUUCACUCUACAAUUCACUCAAUCAUAUAAAACAAAAUCAAAAACAAUAUUUACAAUCACCUUUAUCCGUUAAUAACAACAACAACAUCAAAUCACCUAUAUCAACUACCCCAUCAAAUAAUAAUAAUAAUAAUAAUAAUUGGUCAACUCCAUCACCAAUGAAAUUACUUGAACAAAAUACUUUUAUUCCUUCUCCUUUAUUAUUGGCAAAAACUAAUGGAAAUGGAAAUAAUAAUAAUAAUAGUAAUAAGAAAUUCAAUUUAGAUUAUUUCCUUGAGAAAGAAAAAGAUUCCAGUCGUAAUCAACAACAACAACAACAACAAGAAGAGGAAGAAGAAGAGGAAGAAGAGGAGGAGGAAGAAGAAGAAGAUGAUUUAAUAUCCAACAAUUCAUCUUGUAUUUCAAUGUCACCACUUGAUUCUUCACCUGUACAGCAACAAUCACCAUAUAUUUCAACAACAACCAAAAAUAAUAUAAAUAAUCAAAAUAUAAAUAAUAAUAAUAAUAAUCAAUUAAAUAAUAGUAGCAGUAAAAAAGAAACAACAACAACCAAUUAUACAUCAAGAUUAACUUCAUCUGUUCAGAAAAUGCCAACAUCAUUUACUGCAUUUAGUCAUUCACCUUAUAAAUCACCAUAUUCAUCAAAGAAUGGUUUAAAUAAUAAUAAUAAUAAUAAUACAAAUAGAAAACCACCAAUUAAAUUAAAUGAUAAAGAACCAACAACAACUACAACAACGACAGCGACGACGACAACUUUACCAACUUUACCAAAUAUUGAUCUUGAACAAACACUUUUAUCGAUAAUGACAUUUAUGGAGGAAACCAAAUCAUCACUUCAAUUAUUACAAGAAAGAAUUUCAUUAAUAGAGGUAUCUGUCAUUACAUUACAGCAACAACAAAUUCACCAAAGAUCAUCAUCUUCAUCAUCAUCAUCAUCAUCCUCGAUACCACCACCAAGUUCAUCGUCAUUCACAACACCUUCAUCCUUUUUAUCACCAAACUUUAAUCAUCGAUGA